AUCAUGGGUUACCUAUUAACAAUUGCUUGUUAUAUUGCAUCAUUCUCUCCAUCAAUUGCUCUAUUCUGCUCAUUUAUUGCUCAUGAUCCAGUUCGAAUCAUUCUAUUCUUCCUUGGAUCAUUCUUCUGGCUUGUAUCUCUUCUAUUCUCAUCUCUUGCAUGGCUUGGUCUUUCAACUGUACUUCCAGACACGUUCUUAUUGUCAUUGACUGUGUGUAUUAUUGCACAAGAACUAUCAAGAGUUGCAUAUUUUAUGUUAUUGAAGAAAGCUCAAAGAGGACUCAAUAAAAUCACCCGUCAAGGACAAAUCUCAGUUGCUCCAGGAGUCAGCGAUCUUCAUAAUGCUCGUCACAUGCUUGCACUUGUCUGUGGUCUCGGAAUGGGUGUAAUCUCAGCACUUUUCUACACAAUGAACGCAUUUGCAAUCUUCUCGGGACCCGGAACCAUCGGACUUCCAAAUGCUCUUAAAACUGGAGAAAUUGACACAAAUCGUGCUGGGAAAUACCUUCCCCUAUGUUACACCCUUUCUGCAAUCUUAUUAACUCUAUUUCAUGUUACAUGGACUAUUAUGGUUUGGGACUCGUGCCAUAAAAUUGGAAGGAUACCUUCAGCUUUUGUGCCUGGAGCUGCCGCGGUUGUUUCACAUUUGUUGGUGACAUUCUUGAGUUCUCUCAACUCUCGUGGCUUCCAUGUACUCGUCUUUGCCGUUCAAUUCCUGAUUCUUCUCAUUUGUAUUGCUUAUUGCAAUGUCAUAAUGGGUGGAACAAUAUCAUCAUUUGUCAAUGGAAUUGGACAAUCAAUAACGGAUGCAGUCACUUUAAAACAAGUGCGAACAUUAAUUGAAGAACGAAAAUUGAGGACACAGAGGCAAUCAGUACCUGACGAGCCAAUGACUGAAAGAGCUGGAACAUCGAAUACUGUUAAUGCUUGAGCCUAAUGUCUCACUACCUAAUUUGUUUUAUCAUCGUUAAUUAUAUUUCCUAUUCCAUAUCAUUAUUUAGCUUCAAACCCAAAUUUCUACAUUUUCUGAUCUCUUUCUACGAUGCUCCUUCUUAAAUUUGCCAAAAACUUAUUAUUUUAAACAUAAAUUAUAUUUAUUUGCAAA